AUGAAUAAUUUAUCAAACGAGCUAAGACACAAGAAAUACAGUACAAAAAGGGUUGUGAAACUCUUUAUGGCUCUGUUUGCGCUCUCUUCGUUAAGAAGAUGGUACAGCAUGAGGGUUUGGAAUGAAUCAGAAGUUCUUGUGGACCGGCGGUCGAGGUUCCAAGGCCGGUGUUGUAGAAUUUUGAGUCCCGAUGAUGUUCCAAAAGUGUUGAAAGAACUAGUGGAAAGCCAUAAGAACGUAGGUAAAGCAUCUCAUCCACACAUGUAUGCGUGGAGAACGGGGGUUUUACGUGAAGCAGACGCUCUUGGGGGUGCGAGGAAGAGAAAUAGACAACAGACUGAGAAGGCUGCUAAAAUAGAACAACUUUGCCAAGGUAGUGCUGACUGUGGUGAAGCAGCUGCAGGUUCACUAUUGUUAAGUUUGUUAGAGCGAAAUAAACUGUUAAAUGUAAUUGUAAUAGUGACUAGGUGGUAUGGAGGCACUUCUCUUGGGUCUGCAAGGUUUAGACACAUUUCAUCGGUUGCAAUGCAGAGUCUGAGAAAUGGAGAGUUUUGCCAAACAAAGCCACGCUAG